AUGGAUCUCCCGCCGGCUCCCACGCCUCCUGCAGGCGGCAAUGCUGCCUCUGAGCGCACUUCCAACCUGCUCAAUCUUCUCAAGUUCAGUGCUUCCACAAACGCCCAGCAAGCUCAGCAGCAGCAACAGGCCCUUCAGCCGCCUCAGCAACCUCCACAACAGCAGGCUCCCGCCCCAGUUCAACAGCAUCAAAAGAUGCCUAGCCAAUCUCAGGGUCCCUUCCCUACGCACAUUCACCAGCCUGCUCCCGGUGCUGCCGACCCCUCCGGUCUGCUUGCCGCUCUCAUGAGAGGCGCUUCCGAUCAGCCCUCUCCGGCGCCGCCCACUCCCCAGCCGGCUCCUAUUCCUCCUCACCAGUCACAACAGCAGCAGAAUCAAGCUCAGCCCGGCAAUCCCUUUGGCAAUGGCUCCCCACCAGAGGAUACUAGAUCUUUCCUCCUCAACUUGCUCAACAGACCGAAGCCCAGCCAGACCGAGUCCCUUCUCACCGAAAACGCUCAGGCCAAGGCUUCAUCGCCCCAGUCCGCCGACCAGCAAUCCGAUGCGAAUAGCAGAUAUGCGCCCAAGCAGGCUGCCCAUGCUUCCUAUCCUCCUAAACCUGAAGGUCAGCAGCCAGAUGUGGCUAACCUGCUUCAGCUUAUCGGUGGCGGCCUACCCAAGACCAAUGGUACUGCCAAUGGCACUGCCUCUGCGCCUGGCCAACCUGCACUGCAGAUCUUGAAGCGCGAUGGCACUGAGCCUGCUGCUACGCAGUCGCGCGAAGUAGUGGACGCAGAACCCACUCCCGGGUCAAGCCCCCAUGAGGCCACUCGCCAAGCUCUUGACAGAACGAGCUCUUACCAGUCUCAUCAUCCAUCACAGGCAUCUCCUGUCUUCGAUGCCGACAAGGAACCAGUUACUGCCGCUGUCAAUGACAUUGCUAGCAAGGCCGACCGUGAUGCUCGCGCUGCCCUCGACAGGGCUGAGAAGGAUGCUCAUGUUGCUAAUGAGCACGCUGAAAAGUUGGCGGAAAAGGAUAAUGGAAAAAGCCAAUCCGUCAACAGCAACCGCUCCGCCAAGGAGACUGAUUCGCUGACUGAGAAAGUUCAGACCCUUCAUCUUCUUGAAGACGAGCAAGGCGUUGCUGACAGCUGGGAGAAUGCUGAUCAAAACGAAAUUGUUGUCAUUGAGGAACCAGAGACGCCUCCUGUUAAUGUCUACAACUUCCCUAUGAAGCCAUGGAUCUCCAUUACCCUUCAGGAGGACGCCAUUGACUCUCGCCCCCAAUUCAGAGAGGAGAGCGUUAUGAACAUUGCACGUGUCAAGAAGGAGUUUGACCAGAUCGACCGCAACUUGUACACUGCCUCCGAAGCCUACAUGACCUACGGCAUGUCCAAGCACGGCGGCCUUCGUGUCAUUCGCCAGGAUGAUGGCAAGGACGCCAAAGUCUUCACCGACACCAAGGAUCGUGUCUUCAAUGUCUCCAUGUCUGUAACCCCGUCCGACCACGACGGUGUUCACCGUGAAGCCAUCAUCGGCACAGGCGUUGGUGGUGCUGUAUACUGGGUCCAGAUUAAAGACGGCGAGAAGGACCACAUCGAGGAUGCCAACCUUGAACAAUACGGAUUCACUCUGCCUCCCCUGCCCGCCCAGGAAGGCGAUGCGCCAAGCGGUGCGCUCAAGACGCGUGCACGAGCCUCCACUUCUCACCCUGAGUACUUUGCUAUGGGCCGCGGAAAGUGCAUCCACUUCAUCUGGCCGGCUUACAUCUUGCAGAAGAACCUCUUCAAGUCGGUCCACGAUCGUGUAGCCGAUACUGAGGCUCUCUUCAAGGAAUGCUCGCUCAAGAUUAACACUGGCAAGGCUGGAAAGGACUUCACAUUCAGUCAGGAUGACACAGUUGUUGUUUCGCUUGACAAGUCUGGCCGUGUUAAGUUCUGGGACGUCCGCGAACUUACCGCUGUCAAGGAAGGCUCUAGCAGCCGGGCCCCUCUGCCUGCCCACUCUGAAUUGGAGGUCAAUGAGCCAUUGAUGACUUUGGCUAGCACCCCCGAGGGUGAGAAAGCUUGGCCGACGUCUGUCUUGUUGCUCGACAAGCAGCGACCUUACCAGAAGCGAUGUGCUCUUCGCUACAUGAUUGUUGGUAUGAAACAGAACCACACGCUGCAGCUCUGGGAUCUUGCUCUUGGCAAGCCUGUGCAAGAGUUCAACCUUCCCCACAGCAAGGAGUCAGACGCCGUGUGCAGCGUCAUGUAUCACCCGGCUAGCGGCAUGAUCAUCAUUGGCCAUCCCACUCGCAACUCCAUCUACUUUGCCCACCUCUCUGCCCCCAAGUACAACCUCAAGGGGCUUUCUCAGGCCGAGUACAUGCAGCGCCUUGCCGCCCAGGAUCCGUCAAUCCCGCAGCCGGAUAGUACCGCUGUGAUUAGCGGCAUCCGCGAGUAUUCGUUUGCAGACCGCGGCAUCUUGCGCAGCCUCGACAUCCUGUCCAGCCCUGCCCUGUCCAGCGAUGCCGACGAGCCAACCCUCUUUGAGCUCUACGCCAUGCACUCCAAGGGUGUUGCUUGCAUCCUCAUCAAGCAGCAUGAGCUCGGCUGGUCGAGAGACAACAAGGUCAUCAACGCCAUUGAUGCUGUUAGCGCCGGUGUUGUUACUGUCUCUAAGCUUCGCUCUACCCAGUCGGUUGAGCCCGCCACACCUGCUGAGCCCCGUGCGGCCGCCCGCGGAUCCUCCUCCAAGGAUGCGCCUCAGCAGAGCACACCUACCAACAGCGAGUCCGCUAAGAAUGGGCCCGAUUUUACGACGUCUGCUAAGAGCAAGACGGAUAAGGACACGGAUACGCCCGUGCAGUCGUCCAAGGAAACCGCCAACCCUACUGAGAAGCCUGAGCGCAAAUCCCGCAAGAAGAAGGGCAAGGACACUGAUGCUGCUGCAAGCAGCACCCCAGCGCCCGUUGCUCGUGAAGUUCAAUCCACCAAGGCAGAUGUCGGCAAGUCUGCUGCUGCUAAUGGCCUGUCUCAUGAUGUUUUGGACAGCGCUAUUGCUUCGCUAGAGACACGAUUGACUGCAAGCGUCUCUGAUACGCUCAAGUCCUCGCUACGAAGUCUUCAGGGCAAGAUUGAUGACGGCGCGCGUGUUCGCGAUGAGAGCUUCAACCAUCACCAGCUGAAAUUGCUCGACAUGGUUUCUGAAGUGCUCAAUGACAACACGCAAAAAGUGCUGGAGUCGUUGAUCCACCGCCAGUUCACUGAACUCGUCAUCCCCGCCAUUGGAGAAAAGGCCAGUAAGAGCGUUACCGACAUUCUCAACAGCAAGCUUCAGCCUAGCGUUGUUGCCUCUGUGCAAAAGGAGAUCCAGAACGCCGUACCCCAGGCCGUCAACCGCUCUUUGCGCAGUGGCGACUUUGUUGCGUCCAUUGCGGACCGUGUCGGCGCUGCCGUGACUGGCGGUCUUCAGCAGGAUUUGGUUGCGUCGUUGACUCACCACCUAACUCCUGCGCUCUCCAAUGCCGCCGCCCAGUCUGCUCAGCGCUCGAUGAAUGAAAUUCACCAGCAGUACCAGGAACAGAUUGACAUUUUGCAGUCGCAACACAGAUCCGACAGCGGCAAGAUUGACCAGCUCCUGGCUCACGUCACUCAUCUUACUGAUACUGUUACCAACAUGGCCAACUCGCAGGCUGCUCUGCAAGCUGAAUUCCUCAAGUUCAAGCAGCAGCAGGUCCACGAGCUCCCUGCUGUUGGUGCUGCAUUUGGCACUGGGCCUCACAGCAACGUUGGUUCUCAGGCGCACAGCAACAUUGCCCCCGGCCACUCGAACGCCUUCACGCCCAGCCAGGGCCACCAGGCUCAGCAGUAUAUGUCUAGCCCUCCUUAUGGCAACAACCGCCAGGUUCAAAGCCCUCACGGCUCCAUUGCACCUUCGGACCACAUCGGCCCGGCCAACAAUGUGAGCGCUGUGGCUGGGGCAUACGCCAACCAGAUGAACCGCAGCGAGGCGGAUGCCGACAAUGACUUGUCGCAACGCAUCCAACUCGUUGAGCAGGCUAUUCAGGAAGGUCGCUUGCAGGAUGCCAUCAUUCAGUGGGUACAGAGCCAGCGCAAGGAUGAGAUUUUCCGCCAGUGCCUGAGCCGCUACCCACCAGGCAGGUUUGACAACCUGUCUCCUCUGAUGCUCCUUGUUGUGAUUGCCACUCUGGCCAAGGAUCUCCGCCUGAGCCCGCUGAUCAAGGACCAGAUUGACUGGAUCGAAAUGGCGGUUCGCUCCUUUGGUGAGAGCGUCUCCAACCAGGACUGGGAACGCGACGACUUCCGUGACGUGAUGCAGAGUGCACCGGCCACCAUGGACAUGCUCAUGUCCAAGAUGACGCCUCUUUUGGAUGCCAUGCACGACCGCUACCCAACAGACCCGUUCCUAAUGAAGCUGGAGCGUGGCAAGCUGGAACGCAUUGUGCAGCUGUCGAACCACAUCCUCGACUUGGCAACGAAUGCCCGUCGCUACGACUAA